AUGUCUUUGUCCUUUCUUUCUAUCAUUCGUAACUUAAUGUUUCCAUACAUUCUUUUAUUAUUUAUUGCUUUCUUUCUUUGCUUAGUGCUUUCGUACUUUCUUUUAUUUUUUAGUGCUUCUUUCUUUCUUCCUGUCUUUUUUCUUUCUUUCUUGCUUCUCUUAGUGCAUUCAUACUUUCUUCAAUUUCUUAGUACAUGCUUUCCAUAUUUCUUUGCUUUGUGCAUUGUUUGUUUGUUUGUUGUUUGUUUGUUUGUUUGUUUGUUUGUUUGUUUCUUUCUUUCUGUGUGUUGUGUUUGUAUACAUUCACAUGGCUUUCUUUCUUUCUUUCUUUCUUCCUUCCUUUCUUUCUUUCUUUCUUUCUUUCUUUCUUUCUUUCUUUCUUUCUUUGCUUACUGUUUCCAUACAUUCUUUUUUUCUAUUUCGUUCUUUCUUUCAUUGCACAGUGUUUUUUACGUUCUUUUAUUUCUUAGUGAGUUCUUUCUUGGCUUAUGCUCCUUUCUUUCUUUCUUUCUUUCUUUCUUUCUUUCUUUCUUUCUUUGCUUAGAGCUUUCAUACUUUCUUUGCUUUCAAAUUUUCUUUUAUGACGGAGAGCAUUCUUUCUUUCUUUCUUUCUUUCUUUCUUUCUUUCUUCAUUUCUUUCUUUCUUUCUUUCUUUCUUUCUUUCUUUCUUUCCGUGAGUAUGAUUUCUUUUUUUCUUUCUUUGCUCGCUGCUUUCAUAUUUUAAUCCUUUCUUUUAUUUCUUUCCUAAGAUUUCGGAUUUUUGUUUUUUUUCUUUCUUUCUUUCUUUUCUUUCUUUUGUGCUUCCAUAAGUUCUUUUAUAACUUGUUACUUUCUGAAUUGCUUUAUUUGUUUCUUACUUUGCUUCGGGUUGUCGUGCUUUUCUUUCUUUCUUUCUUUAUUUUGUGCUUCCAUAAGUUCUUUUAUAACUUGUUACUUUUUGAAUUGCUUUAUUUCCUUCUUACUUUGCUUCGUACUGUCGUGCUUUUCUUUCUUUCUUUCUUUCUUUCUUUCUUUCUUUCUUUCUUUUGUGCUUCCAUAAGUUCUUUUAUAAUUUGUUACUUUCUGAAUUGCUUUAUUUCCUUGUUACUUUGCUUCGUGCUGUCGUGCUUUUCUUUCUUUCUUUCUUUCUUUCUUUCUUUCUUUCUUUCUUUCUUUCUUAUUUAUGUUAUCAACUUCGUUGUUUCUCUCUUUCUUCCCUUCAUUCUUUUCUCGUAA